AUGCGCAGAUGCGAUGUGAAUUUAACAAAUGACGCGCGGAGAUGCAAACAGAAAGAAACAAACUGCAGAGAGCUGGGAUUUGGGAACCAUUUUCAAAAGCGGGAUUAUUGGCUGAGCGCGUAUUUCAGAGCAAGAAAAACAGAAAACAAUCCUAAGAAGAGCAGGAAAAAUAAAAGAACUCUUGGGUCAUCUUCACUGCUGCCUUGUCUGUUCUGUGAUAUGCCUAAAAAGGACUUGUGGAUAGCUGACCCAGAUCCCACAGCAAUUGUUGGUAGUGCAGGCAGCUGUGACAGCAUGAUCAGCAACGACUCCAGCCCAUCUGAAAUGAGUGACGGUGGUUAUGACUUCUUAUCAGUGGAGGAAAAAGAAUGUCUUAUGUUCCUUGAAGAAACAUUAGAUUCUCUGGAUACCGAAGCAGACAGUGGGCUUUCUACAGAUGAUUCUGAGUGUGCUGAGCCUUCCAAGCAUCCACGGACAUGGCCUACAAGAGACAUUCCCAAAGAGCUGGAUAACGAAAAUCUUGGGAAGCACAGAAAAACUGAACAAAAGAGCAAAAAAUCUCUCUCUGGUUCUGUUCCUUUUGUCACCCCAGGAUGCCUCAGCUUUCCAAAGGUUGCCAGCAUAAGCCAUGUUCCCCAAACAUCCAAGGCUUCCUCUGUUGAAACAGCCUCUAAAGCUGCUGAUCCAAAAGCUUUGCCUCAGAUGCAUCUCACUUCAGGGGGGCCUCCUAAGCAUGGAAAUGUGGACAUGCCAAAUGACCAGCCCAAUAGAAGUACGCAGAUAAAAACUUCUGAUUUGGAAUUGGUAGUUAUUCCACCCCCUGAACCAUUCCAGGACUGGGAGAAGGGCCAUUCCAAAGAGAGACGAGAGCCACCACUUCUUAGUAAGGAUGCUGAAAAUGGGACACCUUAUCACUCUGAAGUUAAGAAGAAUACUGUUGUAAAGGAUGGGUAUAAGACUGCUCAGCAGCAGCUUUCACCAGAGAAGAUGGAACUUGGGAAGGAAGCCAUUCUGAAUCCUGUGUCUCCCAAAAGUAGCAAGAGGUCUGAAGAAAUUAUCAGUGCUCAAGAUGAUUAUCAAAAACCUACACUGGAAGAAGCUACCCUAGAUUCUAACUCCAAGCAGGGUCCUCCCACUGCACCAAAGCCCAGGAAACUGCCACCAAAUAUUAUCCUCAAAACUAGCAAAAGUAAUGCUGUGUCACUCAAUGUAGACCCCAGUCACAAGAUAAAGGUGCUGGCUCCAUCAAAUGGCAGACCCAGAGCUGCAACUGGUGAUUUUUCCAUGGAAAGGGCACACUGUCUACAAAAAGAACAGGGGAAAGCUAGGCGGGAGGCUCUCGAGAAACUGGGUCUCCCACUAGAUAAAGAGAAGAAAACAGAGGAAUACAUGGCCAGAAAUUCUGCCUACCCAAAACCAACAGACACUCCAAGGACUAGCAGCAGGGAAAGCAUAAAUGUGGAUGACUUCACUCUUAAUAAGAAGCCUGACCAACCCCAUGACCAAAUUGGUGAGAAAGGAAUCCACCCAUCUGAAAUUAAUAGUCCUGGUAUCAAACAGAUGAAUGUCAAAUCCAACACACUAGAGCGUUCAGGUGUGGGUCUGAGCAGUUAUAUCUCUUCUACCAGUGAGGACCAGAAUGUUAAGAACAGUGGUUCCCUUGGCAAAACCUCCUUUUUUGACAAGUUUACUCCAAAUUUUCUCAGGAGCAACCGGCCACGCCCAGCUUCCCUUGGAAUGGGGAAAGACUUCACUGAUCUGAAGGAAAACCGGAUGCAUAGUUUCGAGCAGGAGAAAAAUGACAAGCGAAGAUCGUAUCCACUUCAGAACCCAUCUAAGCUUCCCAGGCCAUCUUGUGUCAGUGUAAAAAUCACCCCUAAGGGUGCGACAGAUGAGAACAGAAGGGAGGCUCUGAAGAAGCUUGGCCUGUUGAAAGAGUAAGCCAAAAACUGGAUUAAUACAAAAACUGCCCAGUUACAGCUGAGCUUGCUUAUGUCCUCCUUGUCUCCUUGGGAGAAACUGCAGCAUGGGUUGAAUGUAUCAAGUGUGAAGGACUGGUUGAUGGGUUAACGUGCACUGUUUUCAGCUGGCAAUAUGAGAACUAGCUUCUCUUCAGACUUGAUUUUUAUCUGAAUAGGUGAAUGAAUUCUGCUAUUUAGAUUACCCAGCUCACCAACAAGAAAUGCUGUCACCUGUAUAGAAUCCGUUCUUGUAUAUAGUGUAUAGAGGUAUGACUAUUUGUAUUUAAUAAGUAUAUAGUAAACUGGAAGAGGGGAACAUGUCAAUGGAUCUAGGUUGUAAUUAUUAGGGUAAACCAUGAACUCUGGGAAACAUACAGAGGCCUUGUGCCAUGACGAUAGCUAUAUGGCUAGAUCUCUUCAGUCAAGAUUGAAUGGAAUGUUGAGUUGAUGCCUUUUUGAACAACAAAAUACUGGGCCUGAAGUUGGUGAAAGGUGUACCUGCUUAGAUGACCUAUGCAAUGGAAACUUAAACAAGAAUGCAUUGGGUAUGAAUCUUAAGGCUGGGUUUGAGAAUUGCUUGACAGUUCGUCUAAGGCAGUGGUCCCCAACCUUGGGUCCCCUUGAUUUGGUGGACUAUAACUCCCAUUAGUCCCAGCCAGAAUAGCUGAAAAUAUGGGAGUUGUCAAACAAUGCUUGGAACACAAGGUUGGGAACCACUGACCUACCAUGUGACUUAGCAGGCCAGUGAUCAAUAAAACAAAUACUAGAGCCAAAGUUGACUUGGCAUCCUUUAGCUUGGCUUCCUUAUGAACAAACUACUGCUGUAUGCUGACUUAUGCUCUGCCUUCUUUUAGAAUGAAAAGUAUGUGUUUAAAAACUGAGUAAUAAACUAUUUUAUAUGAUGGA